AUGUUGAUAUUGAACGGCACACAUGGAGGCUGUCGUUUCUGCGCUGUGGUAUGGAGAGCAUUUAGGGAUGAGGGAGUUUAUCGGAGCUUCUACUCAAACAAUAAUACCAAUGCGUUGUCCUUGAAUGAUAUUGCAAGGCGUUUCGUCAUAAACUCUUUGUCUCUUGAACUAAAGGAAGGCAUUUCUAAGGGUGGUGGAGUUUUAGUGCUAGUUUUAGACACGUUAAAUGGUUACCGCGACUUUCAUAAAAUGUCACAUUCUCUUACAAACACCAAUCAUUUUUCUCAAGAGAGAUGGAGGAACUUCUGUUAUUCAUCGAUAAGAAUGUGCCAAGAAACUCAUGAAUUAUACAAUUCCGCUUCAAUCUCUGAGAAGACUUUGCGUUGCUUGCCUACACGUCUCAUUGAUGUUGAAUGCGAUCCUCCAAGGUUGAUCUUGUCGUCUAACAUAGGACCUGGAAGUUCAUACGCGACUAUAAGUCACUGCUGGGGUAAAGCACCGGUUCUCACUUUGACAACGAAGAAUAUUGAAGCUUUUCAACAAGGGUUACCCAUUUCUCAUCUAAAUGCCAUCGAUGUAGGGGAAAGACUCUUACGAGACGUCAACGAUUCCAUCCCAGAUUGGGAGAAUGAAGCACCGAAAAUGUCCCAGGUCUAUGGGAAUGCCUUUUGCUGUAUCGCAGCCUCUGCUGCGACCGAUGGAUCAAAGGGCCUUUUCUUUCCGAAAAACUUUAUGGUGGACGACGUCCUACGUGUAAAUCUUUAUAGAGCAAAAUAUCCGCGUCUGACAAGCCCAGCACCCCUAAAUCAGCGUGGUUGGGUUGUACAAGAAAGGGCUCUUACCAAAAGGACAUUGCAGUUUCUUGACGGGGAAGUGAUAUGGAAAUGUCAAAAAAGAAUGGCAUCAGAGUCAUUCUCUGUCGUAUCAUCAUGUUUAAAGAUACCCGAUGAUCACCUUCUAUUUCCUCAGUCUCCUACUGCAAACUUCAAUUUUCGAAUGUUCUGGACUCAGCUCUUACUGAUGUAUAGAAAAACUAUGCUUUCGUAUCCAACUGAUAUACUCAUGGCAAUAGCUGGUGUGGCACGUCAAUUUGGGGAAUACUUACCGACCAAAAACAAGGUAUAUCUCGCCGGAAUGUGGUCGUUCGAGCUUGAGAGGCAAUUGGGAUGGCGAGCAACCACACCUGGCUCUAGGUUUGAUCUUGAUCGUCGAGAGUGCCCUAGCUCUAACGUCGCACCUUCUUGGAGUGGGAGCGCAAUCAAUUCCUUGAUCGUGGUUCCCGAUACAACUUCUUUUUUCCCUGUUGGCAGUUGUUGA